GUCUCUUCUCCUCCUUUCCGUUCUCAUUGCCAACCAGUGCUUAUCCGCGCCUCCCCUCUCUUUGUUCUCUGUCUCUUUAACUCUGGUCAAUCAAGAUGUUCUCUCUCAGGACCGCGCAGCCUGCGCAGUCUCUUCUUCGUCGCGCUGCGGUGCCAACCUUUGCCCGUUCUUCAGUUCCAGCUAGAUCCUUUGCUAGCGUGCAGUCGGACAUUUUCAAGCCCACCAAGUAUGGCGGCAAGUAUACCGUCACACUCAUUCCAGGCGACGGAAUUGGCGCCGAGGUUGCCGAAUCGGUGAAAACUAUCUUCAAGGCCGACAAUGUCCCUAUCGAGUGGGAGCAGGUGGAUGUUAGUGGUGUGGACACCGGUAAUAAGCACUCGGAGGAACUCUUUAAGGAGUCCAUCGCAUCUCUGCGACGCAACAAGCUGGGUCUGAAGGGUAUUCUGUUUACCCCUGUCGAGCGUUCCGGUCAUCAGUCGUUCAACGUCGCUCUUCGUCAGGAGCUUGAUAUUUUUGCAUCGGUUGUCCUCAUUAAGAACAUUCCUGGUUACAAGACACGCCACGAGAACGUUGAUCUCUGCAUCAUCCGUGAAAACACCGAGGGUGAAUACUCGGGUCUUGAACACCAGUCCGUGCAAGGUGUUGUGGAGUCGCUGAAAAUCAUCACUCGUGCCAAGUCUGAGCGCAUCGCAAAGUUCGCUUUCGGUUUUGCGCUUGCUAAUAAUAGGAAGAAGGUCACCUGCAUCCACAAGGCUAAUAUUAUGAAACUUGCGGAUGGUCUGUUCCGGAGCACUUUCCACAAAGUUGCGGAGAACUACCCAACCCUGGAGGUCAACGACAUGAUUGUUGAUAACGCUUCCAUGCAGGCUGUUUCACGUCCCCAGCAAUUCGAUGUGAUGGUGAUGCCCAAUCUGUAUGGUGGCAUUUUAUCUAACAUUGGUGCCGCCCUCGUUGGUGGCCCUGGUGUGGUUCCUGGCUGCAACAUGGGUCGUGACGUUGCUGUGUUCGAGCCCGGAUGCCGCCAUGUUGGUCUUGAUAUUAAGGGCAAAGAUCAGGCGAACCCUAGUGCCAUGAUUCUUUCCGGGUCCAUGCUUCUUCGUCACCUUGGCCUGGAUGAUCACGCGAACAGAAUCUCGAAGGCUGUGUAUGAUGUGAUCGGUGAAGGGAAAACAAGAACUCGUGACAUGGGCGGUCAGGCCACCACCCAUGAAUUCACCAGGGCCGUUCUCGACAAGAUGGAGGCUGCUCUGUAAUGGAUCUCUUUUAUCUUGCUAUGAUUAUGAUGAUGAGAGCUUGUACAGGCUCAUUCACUAUUAAUCUAUUCUUUGACUGGUAGACCAUGCUUGUUUCUGAAACUGUUACCAUAAGUUCUCUAUCAUCCACCGACACCACUAUAUUGUCUUGGCAAACAUCUGAAUAGCUUGAUUUGGAAUACAAGGUAGAUGACAUAUUGAACGAAAGACAAUCUAUUAGCGAUGCUUUCAUGCGUGACUCUCAACUUCUAAC